AUGUCAUUGAACAAAGAGAGUAUUUUGAUACCGUAUGAUACUGUAGUAGAAAGAGAGCAUUUUGAUACGCUGUGUGAUUCUAUCAGAGGUCUCACUACAGGAGAACAUGGAGAAGUGACACCUGGCUCAAAGCUCAAGAUAGACUUGUUGCUGAAGAAAAUGAUAAAGAUUGCCAAAGGAAGCUACAUUGAAGCUGGUGAAAUAGAGAAAUCAGAGGAGACUGACAGGUUUUCUGCAGUACUGGAUCUCAAUUGGGACUACAUCUUUUACACUGCACAAGUCAUGUGUGAGCAAAGACGAAACACACUGAGGAAACUACGGGCAACGCCGACUGAGGAAGAUAUUUCCAAGUUGAGAGUGUUCAUUUUGAAUGAGAAGCACAAUUUGUCAGGUGGUGAGUUCAAGAACUGGGAUCUCCACGAUUUUGUGAACAUGCGGAAUUUAAUUGUUAGUAGAUUGACAAUGUUCAAUGCCAGGAGAGGAGGCGAGCCUGCGAGGCUAACCCUGCAGGAAUGGGAAGAGGCUGCCAAUGACUCAUGGGUUGAUCCUCUACUUGUUCAAACCGUCAAAGAUCCACUGGAAAAAGCCCUUUUCAAACAAUUUAAUUUGGCAUACCAGGCUGGAAAAGGUUCAAAGAAACUGGUACCCAUAUUGAUUCCCAUUGACACUGUGAAGCCGAUCAUGAAGUUGGUUGAAUAACGUAAAGAAGUGGAAGUACUAGAGGCCAAUCCAUUCCUUUUUGCAAACACUGGAACUUCCCUUGACCAUGCUGUUGCCUGGCAAUGCAUAAAAGCUGUCAUCAAAAUUAUGGGUCCUGAACUGGAAAAACCAAAGCUUUUGAUAGCAGACAAAUUUAGACACAGAAUGUCAACUCUGUUUGCUGUCUUAGACCUACCAGAAAAUGAACGAGCAACAUUCUACAGACACGUGGGUCAUUCAGAAGCUAUUAACAAGCAUGUUUAUCAAUGCCCUCUCUCCAUUGGAGAAGUUGUCAAUGUGGGUGGUUUCCUAAAGGCAGUUGAUGAGCCCUCUACUACACGUAGUAAGCUGCCAGUGUCAACAACUGCUACAGCAAAUCCCACAACAGUUACAGAAGCCAGCAGUGAAUUCCAAUCAACAGAAAACAAUGGACAGGGUCACAUAAAUGAGUCUGAGACAGAAGUGACUGCUCAACAGCCAACUCCCGAAGAGCUUGAAGAGUUCCCAGAUUUGUCUGAUGAAAGCAGAAAGAAGAAUGAGGCCAUAGGAGCAACGAAAGGGAGAAGAUACUGCAGGUGGUCUAUCGAAAACACAAGGCUGGUGAAAGAGUUUUUUAGAGAAACAAUUCAAGAUACCUCUUCCGUAGGGUUCAAAGGCUCUCUGCCAGGAAAGUCUGAUAUUAUGGCCUUUCUUGACAAGCAUCCAAUUUUCAGGGAAUCGGAAGAGAGUAAGUUCUCACUGAAAGAGCAGAUUGCUCUUGUGAAGACAAAGAUCUUCAAUGAAAGAAACAAAGCAGGCUCAUCUUUUAAAAACUUGGCAGCAUAG